UUGUCCGUGUGUCCUCGGUGAUGGAUGUUGGGCUUUUGGUGUUGGGCUUUUGGUUGAUAGCAGUUUGUUGUUGGUGGAGGUCGUAUCAGACGUGAGUGUGCGCUGGUGCGGUGCGGCCGUGCGUUGUGGGAACUGAGCUCGCCGCAGGCAUGUCAGUGUUGUGACGGCUGGUCCUCUUGUUGUGUAACGACGGCCGCGCUAACUGCCGCGAUGCCGGUCUGUGACAAGUGGGUCGCGCUUAAGAUAGUGGAGUUCGUGUUCUGCGUGUCGUGCCUAGUAACGAAGCGCGUGUCGUCAGACGAUGAGGCUCGCUUGGCGCUGCUGCUGCAGAAGCUGUCGCGCGAGUGGUCGCUACUCACCUCCGUCACCUGGAACUCGGUCGGCGGUGCCUUCGCUGACGCCGUUUAUGGAGGUUACGUGAUUAUAACCUUCGGCUUGAUAAUAGCGCGAGUGUUCCAAGAGAUCCCGCGAGGACGACGGAUAUUGGAGGGAAUUUUCCUCGGCUUCGGGUUGCUGUUCUUCCUAAUUCUAGGAGGUCUAGAAUUGGCAUCUUUGGACUCUAUACCGAGGAACUUAGUGGUUAACGCGUCUGUUCUCGGAUCUUUCUCUCUGGUAGUCGCGGCUCUUUUCCUGCUCGAUCUUAUGGGCCCCAGAACUUAUUACGCCAACCACCAUGCUCAAACUCUUCCAGUUUCCUCACCACAAUUGAGAGAGAAAAAAGUUUCCAUUGUCACUGCGCCGACAACCAACGGCAGCUUAGCUAACGGAAAAGCAAACGGUCAUGCUCCCGCCGAAAGACCGAAGGAUCUAGAUUUAGAAAAGAAUAAAACCGAAGAAGCCACUAAGAAGUUUGACACCGAUCUCUUCGACGAGCAUAAAAAUGGUUUUAUAAAAUUUAAUGACGUUAUUGAAAAAGAAUUGGAGAAAUCUAAAUUCGGUUCAGUUCGUAAUGGCGGCGUAGAGAACGAAAAUUAUAUAAAAUUAACAGACCCUCUGACUGAGUCGGAUCGUAUUCACUACGAAAGGGAACUUGCUAAAUUCAACGAGAGGUACUUCAGGGACUUUUUAGAGAGGGUCGAAGGAAAAUUGUCGGUUAGAGAGGAUUACUUGCCGGAGCUGCAGACGCCCGUCUUCUCGAAAGUGAAGACUGGGCGGCUGAAGAGUUUGUACGACGAUGUCUCGCCAACAUAUGAACAGAAGCGACAGUCGAAGUCUCCCUCUAGAGCGAAGACAGUUAGCCCUCCGACGUUACAGCAGUUGGAAGAUUACCUCCGAGGUUCGACGAGAUCGCGGAGGUCGGAGACGCCGGCGCUGUUUCCCAUGGAGCCGAUCGAGGAGCGGGAUCGUGAGGCGGGGGAGACGGAGGGACGCGCGUCAGGCACGCCCACGGACCCCGGCUACGUUCAGUACACAGCCGGAAGGUGGCCCGACACACGCCAGAUACGGACACCAAGGCACAGCCCCACUUAGACCUAAGGUUUUAGCUUUAUGAUUUAUGUGACAUAUUUUUACAAAUGAACGAUUACAUAUUUUAAACCUU